AAAACCUGAAUUAAUAGUAGAAACUAAAACAAGCAGUUCAAUCUAAAACAGCGUUGUUUCAAAACUGGGACGAACUCUUGCUGGUCGUUGUUCAGUUUACUUCCAUUACAAAAUUCGUAGGUUUUCUAGCAAUGGUAUUAGAAAGUGGAACUCUUACCAGCUCAUCAUCUUGGGUUGGAAGCAUUUCCCUGGAUGAAUUUCGUGUUGCUGCAUUAUCUUUUGCUGAAAGGUGGGAGAGAUGCAACUCUUCUUUUGUUCAGUGGUCUUGGGUUUGUCCCAAGAGGCUUGGUUUUGCAGCUGGUAAAGUAGAGGGAUAUCUAUGUCUUCAAAAUAUCCUAAUUCCUAGAGGCACUCAGGACAAUUGUUGUGAUGAAGCUAGUGCUAACAACAGCAAAGAGGAGCCCUGUUUUGAUGGCGAGGAUGAUCCAAUUGAUAAUGCUACUUUGGUCCAAAGCAGUGAUGGUGAAGCACAUUACUAUGACUUCCAUAUAGUGUACAGCAAUUCAUAUAGGGUUCCGGUGCUAUAUUUCCGCGGAUACUGCAUUGAUGGACAACCUCUUGUGUUGGAUGACAUUGAGAAAGAUCUCCCAGCUAACUCUUCCAAGAUUUUAACAGAAUCAAAGUGGACUUUCAUCACUCAAGAGGAGCACCCAUAUUUGAACAGACCCUGGUAUACAUUACAUCCUUGUGGCACCUGUGAGUGGAUGAAGUUGCUUUACGCCAACAAGGCUCCCAUGGUUAAAGGAGUGCCAGUAGAUCAAUAUAUAAUCUCAUGGUUUUCAGUGGUGGGGCAGGUGAUUGGUCUUAGAACUCCCUUAGAGAUGAUGCGAAGUUGAAGUGUUGAUAAUAUGUCUUCAAUGUAGAAAGAAGCUGAAUUUUAAUAUGUGAAUUAUCUCUUUUGACAAGUUCAGAUGUCGUAUAUACAUAUUUUUAUUGUAAGGGUAUAGUCUCCAGUAAUCUGGUAUUCUGCAAGUAGUUCUGUAAUGCAAGUUCUGUGAACGCCUCUGUACCAAACAUACCUUAUAUAGUAAUUUUUUUGAAAUGUAUAAUUUUGACAAA